AUGCCACACCGAUCCUCAAGCUCGGAGUGUGGAAGUAAUAGAAGAAGACGAAGAUGGCAGUGGCGGUGUCUUACCUGUCUCGGUUGUACCACUCGGUGCACUGGCGAUGUGAGUUUAUUCCAUGCUAUUGCACGAGGAGACUCAGAGGAGUUGGAACGGUGCAUGCAAUGCCUCCGAACUUCCCCUAUUCUGCUUACAGUGAGACGCGGACAUCCAAAUAAAGUGCUUGGCACUUUUUUUCAGGAAUGCUCGCCCGCCAUUUGGGCUGUUGAGUGUCGUCAAUGGCAUCUGCUUCCUCUUCUCUCUCACUAUGGAUAUGAUAUUAAUCGUCCCCAAAUUUGCCGUCGCUGGACAUGCUUCUGUCGCAAUCAACUCCGUCCUAACAACUCCCCAUACAGGCGUCUAUGGACUAGAGGUCAGUAUACCUACCAGUCUGUUCUGGAUUACUUCUUUGCCAGCGUUUAUGAGCAUAUUGGUGAGUUUGAGGAUACUCCAUUGCUCCAGACACCUGAUGUUCGGGAAAAUCCCCUUGAACCACUUCUCUCUCACUCCAACGAUCUUCUCUCCCAUGGGGUGGAUGUUCACCGUAUCGAUUCCAUCAUUGUCUUUAAUUCUCUGGCUGGGUCUUUCGAUCGAUACAUGUGCCACUAUUUUGACGCGAGUGAUAAUGUACUUCCGGACAUCCCCAAAGAGGCUGGUACUUUCGUGGAGCUGGAAGUGCUUCAGCAUCUCAUUGAGAAUGGAUUCUCGGAGUUUGAAUUCUUGGAGUACGUCAGCCCCAACACCAAUUGGUUUGGAAUCCUUAUCUGCCUCCUUGCCCAUCCACGACUCCCCAAAAUUGUUGAGGCGAAUAGAGCAGUUCCUCCUCUACUUCGCUCCGCUGCUCUCCUCUUCAUCAACCUUCUCGUUUGGCGACACUCUGCCCCUACCUCUACCGAUCUUCAAGAUUGUGUAAACAAUCUACGACUUCGAAAAACUUACAUUCGACGCUAUGCUGAUCAGCGGAAUGUCUUUACUGCUCGGGUCGCGAACAUAAUUAGAGAAAGCGAUAACAUGCUUCGUUCUCCUCCAACUCUUGGUCUUCUUGCCAGGAACCGGAUUCGUGGGCUCUUGGGUGGCAUGAACUUCAAGGCGAAGGUGGCGAGUUUAGGACUACCACAAAACCUCGCUACUUUUCUUGUCUUGGUGAGCGCCGAACAUAUGUCGUGGAUUCGAACGUCACCGUUCGUUGUAGCGGUGGCCACUGGCAAGUUGACUAUCGCCUCGUUUGAGGAACUGGAGAGGCUGAGUGAUGAGCUAAGUUGUUCGUUAUCGCCACUGCAGCCGCCACCGCUACGCACAAUCAGGCAGUCGCCUCCACCACUGCCUCGUCUCCCCUCCGUUACCAGGGCGGUUGAAUCCGAACCGCCGGUGAGAUGCGAGACAGUGAAGCGACGUGCGUCCGCGUGUUCGCGCGUUAAUCGACUACAGCCGAUGUCAGGACCUGUGCUACGUCUCCAACGUUCGAUGACGGCUGUGGUGCGUGGACCCCGACCUAGCUCUGCGCCUCUGUUAAAGGUCACCCAGCGACUGCAAUUAUCUGUGCGGUGA